UCUGACUGGCCCCCGCGUGUGGCGUGUGCGUGUCCCGCAAACCGGAGGCGGAGAGCGACCCCGACCCGGAGAGACGCAGCCACCCUAUCCGCGGCCGCGGCCAAGUCGUCUCCUCCCCGCCCCUCCCCUUCCCCAUGGACGGCUUGACCUCUUCGCCGGCUCCACCACAAAGCUACCACCUGUUACCUCUUACCUGCGUACAGCGGUCGCUGGCACUGCCGGCCGCUCUUGUUCUGCUGCUGCUUCGUUUUCUUCUCCUCGGCGCGCUGCCGGCGGACCGGCGGCUGCGGCGCUGCGAUGCCGAGUACGGCGGUGGACGUCGAGGACCUCCUGGUCCGCGUCAAGAACGGCGACGACGCCGAGCUCGCCGGCGUCGCGCGGGAGGUGGCCGCGCUCGCCGAGGAGGGCAGGCUCGGGGAGGACGACGACGACGACGGGCUCCUCGUGCCCGCGCUGCUCGCGCGGCUCGCCGCCGCGGGCAGCGCCGAGGCCAGGGUCAGCGUAAUGGCCGCGCUGCGCCGGCUCGCGGGAUGCGUUGGCGGCGAGAGCAAGGAGAGGUUGGCUAGCAUCGAGGCGCUUUCGAGCAUUGUACGUUCCUUGUCAAGAGAUGCUGAUGAGAGAGGGGAAGCAAUUGCAGUGCUAUUGGAUCUGUCAUACAUCCCACAAGUUCGGCAGAGGAUCGGCAGGAUCAAAGGGUGCAUCGUAAUGUUAGUCACAUUGAGGAACGCACAUGAAUCAGGCACCAAUGAUGAUGCAGAGAAGUUGCUGCACAUCUUGUCGUCCAACCCACAAAAUGUGCUGUUGAUGGCGGAGGCUGGUUAUUUUCGACCAUUGAUACAUUACCUAAAAGAAGGUUCUGACAUGAACAAGGUCCUAAUGGCUACUGCUAUUUCAAAGAUGUUCCUAUCUGAGCAUAUGAAAUCUUCCCUCGGUGAAGAUGGAGUUAUCGAACCCCUUGUGCAAACGUUUAAAUAUGGAAAUCUUGAAGCCAAGCACUCAGCCUUAGGUGCCAUACGCAAUCUCUCUAGUUCUCUACAGAAUGCAGAACUUUUGAUAAAUUCUGGAAUAACAGGACCACUGCUCCAGCUCCUUUUCUCUGUGACAUCGGCGCUCAUGACCCUCAGAGAACCAGCCUCAGCUAUACUAGCAGCUAUUGCACAAUCUGAACGUAUUCUGCUUUAUAAAGAUGUAGCUCCUCAGAUGCUCUCACUUCUUAAUUUGUCGAGUCCAGUAAUUCAACUUCAUCUUCUAAGGGCCCUGAUUAGUAUUUCUGGGCACAAGAAUGCUAAAAGAGCCAGAAGUAAAAUUAGACAAAAUGGUGGGGUGCAACUGCUUCUGCCUUUCCUAACAGAAAAGAAUGUGGAGAUCAAAAUUGCUGCUUUGGAUUUAAUGUUCCAUCUGUCAAAAGAUUCUUCGCAAGAAUUGGCUGAACAGUUCAGGGAGACCCAUCUAGAUAUUUUGGUAAAGAUCAUCUCUUCACCUACUUCUCGAGACGAGAAGGCUGCAGCUGUUGGUAUCCUAAGCAACCUCCCAGUGACGGACAAGAAGAUAACUGAGAUUCUAACACGAGCGAACUUGCUUCCUAUUCUGAUCUCCUUGUUUGAAGCGAACAUCACAGCUUCUGUGACACCUCAAAGGAUGCGUUUACUUGAGGGUAUUGCUGGUGUAUCUAUUCGGUUCACAGUUACCUGGGAUAAGAAACUACAGAGCUUAGCAGUUGGAUGCGGGGUGGUUCCUUGCCUUAUCAAGUUGCUUACAGAAGGAUCGGUAGACGCCAAGUCUAAAGCAGCAACAUCCUUGGCUCAAUUGUCUCAGAGUACAAUGGCAUUGCGUAAGUCAAAAUCACCAAGGUGGCUUUGUGUUCCUCCAUCAGCUGAAUCCUACUGUAUUGUUCACAGCUGCCAAUGCACUGUCAAAGGCACUUUCUGCUUAGUAAAAGCCGGUGCCGUCAAACCUCUGCUACGAAUACUAGAAGGUGAAGAGCGUGAAGCAGACGUAGCAGUGCUGGAAGCACUGGCAACCCUUAUGCAGGAUGAGAUUUGGGAAAACGGGAGCAGGGCGAUAGAAAAGGCAUCAGGUAUCCAUGCUCUUCUGAGAGUUGCCGAAGCAGGCGACUUGAGUUCCCAGGAUAAGGCGAUAUGGAUGUUGGAGAGGAUUUUUCGGCUUGAAUUGCACAGGGAGCGGUACGGCGAAAUUGCGCAGGCCUUGCUCAUUGAUCUGGCUCAGAAAGGAGAUCCUUCCCUGAAACCAAUGAUCGGCAGGAUACUGGCUCACCUGGAGCUGCUGCAAACACAGUCUAGCUAUUUUUAAGCGCUGAGAUGUUGAUGCAGUGACUGGUGGUGGUGGGAAAUGGCAUGGGUAACCAGAAAUGUGCAGGCUGCCGUUGUGCCGGGCAAUGGCAUCUGACUAUGCUGUUGAAGAAAGAUUGUAGUCAGCAGGGACGAUCUCUUUUGAACCAAAUGGAGUUCAUGUGAACAGGUUCCAAGUGGCGCAUCUCACUACUUCACCAGAAACUUUCCUUCAGGACUGCACCAGAUUUUAGCUUCAUUGUAUGUUGUUUGUAGCAGAUUGCGCAAAAAAGGUAGCGUUGUUUUUCUUGUAGAUCCAAUGAUUUUCUCUUGAACGAAGAAGAAUAGAAGAUGUAGGUUGUGUAGUUAGCGACAUGGUGCUCCUCUUUCGUCUGUAAAGUGUAAAGUGAUGAUAGUGGUUGCAGAUAGAGUAUACCAACAGAUUAGCAUUUGUGCA